AUGAAUGAAGAUGGAAUAGGAGAGAAUAGAAACAAUUUUAAAAAAGGUGAGAAACGCUCCAAGAAGGGGAACCCCAAAAAGGUGGUCAACAAAGAUGAUCAUACAAAAUCAGAUGCCACAGGUGCCCUAAGCGGAGAACUGAAUAGCGGAAAUGCGCGCGAGGGUGAUGAAGCAAAAGAAAACGGCACCCACACUACAAACAAAAACAAUACGAGUAACCUAUUUUCAUCAAACACGAAAAAAAACAAACAAAAGAAUUAUGAAAGUAACAUGGGGAAAAACAACUCCGAUAUGCAUGGAAACAACUUGAAAACAAGCCCAUAUGUCAACUUGGGGGAUGAUGAUAUGGAUCAGGGGGCAGAGGGUGAUGCUUAUUAUGGCAAGGAUAACAAUAAUGAUGUGAAGGAUAUGCAAAAAAAUUACCAAGAAAGAAAUGAAAAUGAAAAGUUUGAAACUUAUGAUAAUCAAAAUAGUACCAUUGUUGAUGUAGGAGAGAAUGCAAACAAUCCAGAAGAUGAAGAAGAAAAAAAAAGGAAAAAGAAUUGGAAGAGAAGAACAUUUAGUCGUUUCACCCCUGGGGGUGUACGCUCAAGUACAGUUCUGUUCAUAUGUACAGCCAUAGGAGUCGGCUUUCUGUCCAUACCGUAUGUUUUUUCAAAGCUCGGGAUAAUAUUAAGUCUGCUGUUGAUACUUAUAAACGCUGUGGAAUCCUACGUCACAACAAACAUCUUAUGUUUAUCAUCCCUGGAGCAUAACACAUUUGUAUAUGGAAAUUUGCUAAAAAAAAUAGGACAUAAGUACCACAAAACUAUAAUCGACAUUGGGCUGACGUUUGGUUUUCUCUCCAGUUAUAUUUUGAUAUUGAUACUAAUAAGUAAUUUUUUAAGUAGUAUAUUGUACGUUUUAGAUUUCCCGUCCUUUCUUUAUAACCACACCUUUCUGAUUAUACUUGUGUGUGUACUGAUAGUACCUAUAACAUUUCGCGACCAAGUGGGAUCUCUAAACUCCUUUUUGAUAUUUUCCCUAUGCUCGUUAACGAUAACGGUAUUAACGAUAGGAUGGCAGGCACCAGACUACUACACCAUAUUGAUUAACAAGGAUAUAGUGCUAUUCAACAUGGACAGGCAUUUUUUCAAAUGCUUCAAUAUUUUGUUGUUUUCCUUUUCGCAACAACCAAAUGCAUGUUUUAUAACUGGACAGUUCAAUCAGCCGACGCACAGGAGAUUAACAAAAUCAGCAUACAGGAGUGUUUUGUUGCAAAUUAUUUUUUACACUCUCUUUGGCCUUCUAGGAUAUUUGUCCUUCCUAACCACGACCAAGGAUAACAUCAUAUUGAAUUAUGAAGACUCAAAUAUAUCAAUAUUUUUGUGUAAAUUUCUCCUAUCAAUAACGUUUUUUUUUUCCGUUCCGUUAAAUUUCAUGGGGUCCUAUUCAAGCAUACUAUCCUUGUACUUAUCCGCUCGUAAUAUGUUUCUUAAAUUUUAUGUGUUUGUCUCUCGAAGAAAUAGAUACCUGGCUAAUUUAUCGACCUUUUUACGCGAGGAUGAAGCCAAUCCGUUUGAGGACAAUGCCCUUGAUAAUUUGACAGAAAAUUCGAGCACAACGGAAUCGCAAACGGAGGACAAAACCCAGCGAAAACUCAUCUCCAUUUGUGUCACCAUUCUCUGCGCCCUUAUAGCGUUUAAUGUUAAAAAGUUAUCCAACGUUAUUGGCAUAGGAGGAGGAAUAACCUCUACGCUGAUAUCCUGCCUUUUACCCAAUUUGAUUUACUAUAAAAAUAGGCAUAAUGUGAAGAACAAGCUGGAACGAUAUUCAACCCUCUGCAUGUUAUGCUUUUUCUCCUUCAUGGGUUUUUUUUCUGUCAUUAUUACUGCGUUAAUUUUAAUUUUUUAG